UUUUUUCCCGUGGGGCAAGGUUCUGUCACUCGUGCCUGCCUGCAUCUGCAUCUGCAUCCGUCUACACACCUGAUGUACGUACAUAACAUGACUGUCUACAACAACACGUAUCCCGUCGCAGCCAGCAGCCCUCCAAAACCUGAACGUGGCACAGAGACUCGCAUCAUCGCACGUUGAAACUGCCAAGCACAGUGAAAGAAGAAAAAAAGCUUGCCCACCCAACAAGCACCUCAAGCCCGCCCAUCAAGCCCAUAAGCUUCAACAAAAAAGCUUUGCCAUGCCCCCUCCCCCCUCCGCUCUUUCCCCUUCCAAGAAACCAAUAUCCGUCCCUGCCCCCAUCCAUCAAUUGUCCAAUUCAUGUGCUCGCCUCAAUGCGAUUCCAUUUGCAAAAAAAGGUCCUAGCCAAUCACAUCCCUCGAAUCAACCACGUUGCGCUUUGGUAGGACAUGUCGAGACCCUGGAGAACGGGCGCUAGUCGCUAGCUUGCAUCUGCCGCUCUUGCCCCCCUGCCCUUGCCUUGAGCCUCGGAUCUCACCGACCGACCGAUGGACUGCACUUUCCUCGCCUCAUGUUAUGCCCGAAAGGGGGAAUCGCCCAUCACGCUUGUACAUGACGUAAGCCGGCACUGUCGUCGCUGCUGCUGCUGCUUGACCUGUGUUCUUUUUUGCAUCAACAAUUCGUUUAAACAUCCAAACCUCUCUCUCUCUCUUUACAUCAAAAUACAUGGGUGUUUGGAUGCAACGGAAAUAGAACCCCCCCUCCAAAACUACACAUAACAUGUACUUACGACGCUGAAUGUCAAUGUAUCGCCAUUUCAAAUCCCCAUGCCUUCUUGCACCCCUUGGACCCCUGAACUGAACCUUACAUGUACCCAAACGACUCUCGACUCCAACUAUAUAUAUAUAUAUAUAUAUAUAUAUAUAUAUAUAUAUAUUCAAAACAUCAUCUCCCUUCAGAAACAAAUUCUUUUUUUGGUUUUUUUUUGGUUUGGUUGCUAUUCCUGUGGUCCUCGGCUGGGUUCUCAGUUGGAAAGAGGUGUGUGGGAAAGGUAAACACACAGACACAGAGCGAGAAAGAGAAAGAGAGGACUCGAGAUUCAAUGGAAAUCAUCAUCAUCUAGUCUCUCCAAAUACAACCUCUUUUUUAUUAUUGUUGUGAUUGAUGAUGAUGAUGAUGAUGAUGAUGCAUUCAUUCAUUCAUAUCCCACUCUCCUCCCGCUUUUUGUGUGUUUUUGGUUGGGUAGAAAUGAGAUACAAGCACUUGUAAAAAUACAGAUAUAUGAGUCCCGCCCAGCACUCGCC